AAGAGGAGGGUGCUGUGCGUGGCCUUGCAACCACAAUCGAACAUGUGAGCGACUUGGUCGCCACCUGUGCAGCACAGCAAGAGGACGUCUACUGCAUGGACAUCCAGGUCCGGAAGCAGAUUCCCGUUAUCGAUGAACUGCUUGACCGGGUACGUUGGCUGGAACAGCAGCUUGCAUCAGCCGCCCCCGUCGGACUCUCCAACUUGACGGACCGUGUCAACGUCUUGGAAAUCGACGCCCAGACUCUCAAGGACGGCGCCGUAACGACAAAUCAGCGGAUUGACCAGCAGAUUUGCGCUGCCGCAGCCAGUCCGACCGGGACCAAUCGCGAGAGCAUCCCGAAGUUUGACGGCCUCCCGAUCUUCUGUGAUGCAACGAAGACAGACCCGAUCCCAUGGUGGCGGCAGUUCGAGUUGAAGUUGGACACUCACCACGCCAUCAACCCGAACCGGCACGCAUACUUAUACUCCCGCUCGGGAGGCGCGUGCCAAGCAUGGCUGGACAAGUUGUCCCCGCACAACGUCGCAGUCUCCGAGCUGCAUACGAAGAUCAGCUGGUCUGAUCUCAAGGCAGCAUGGCAUAAGCGGUUCCAAGUGGAGCCGACUGAGCUUCAGGCAGCCGAGAAACUUCAACGGUUCUAUCAGAACGACCUGCCGAGCACGGACUGGAUCACCGAGUACCAACGCUUGGCAUCCACGCCCAUCUUGCCGUCGACAUUUUUCGCUAUCAAGCACUUCUUCAUCAGGAUGAGUUGUCCGGCGUUGCAGAACGCCUUGAUGCAAGUUGCGGAGACACUCACCACAAGUGAACAGCUCUUUGAUAAAGCCUCGCAGAUCAUCCUGACGAACAUCGAAGCCAAGAAUUUGGGCCGUUCGUCUGCUGCAGGCCAAGGCAGAGGACAGCAUCGGCCGAAAGUGGCCGUGGUCGCAGCAACUACAUUGACCGACCCUUCAAACGAGACUGCCCCUUCUAAAGAAGGAGACAGAUUGGCAGCCGCCCGGGAUGGUGACCGCCCCUCCUGAGGGUGAGGACGCGGCAAACCGAAGACACACACCAAUUCAUCCCCCGGGGCCGGACCAGCGGCUGAAGAGCCUUGGCCACAUUACAGU